UUUUAAAAAUCUUGUCUUUCUUUCUCAGGUGCCAUUUCCUCCAUUACAGCACCUGCAGCAAUCUAAUUCUGUGAUUGCUCUUUCUCUUCCUCUCCAUGUCUCUGCUUGCUCCCAUCAGCGGCUGCGGCCCUCUCCGCCGGCCGUCGGCCAUCAUGCAAGUUGGCCGGAGAUUCGCUACUUCCGCUGCUCUGUCUCCUUCUCGAGGAGAAACUGUGAACUGGGUCGAAGCAACCAACAGCGUUUUCGAGAAGGAUUCCCGACCCAUCAUGUUAUUCGACGGAGUGUGCAACCUUUGCAAUGGAGGUGUGCGAUUUGUUCGUCAAAACGAUCAAAACAGGAGAAUUAGGUAUGAGGCUCUCCAGAGCGAGUCAGGGAUGAAUCUUCUGAGGAGAUCAGGAAGAGCUCCAGAUGAUAUCUCCAGUGUGGUGCUUGUUGAAAAGGAUAGAUCAUAUGUGAAGUCUGAGGCUGUGAUGAAGAUAAUGGAAUACAUAGACUUGCCUUUCCCACAGCUAGCAUUCUUUCUACAGUUUGUGCCACUGUUCGUGAGAGAUUUUGUGUAUGACAAUGUGGCAAACAACCGGUACAAUCUGUUUGGUCGCUCAGAAUCGUGCGAGGUAUACUAUGAUUGACAAAGUCAGAACUUGUGUUCUUGUAAAAAGGAACAUAUAGUGUCAAUGUGUUUUACCAGUGUUCAUGUUUCCUUCUUUUUUCCUUGUGGACAAAAUAUGGAUAGAAGUGUACUCAUCAGUGAUGAUCUUGUAGAUGAGCUACAUGGUUCUAAAUUUGUAUCUCUAAGCUUGAUCGUAGAUACGGAUGUAUAUGUGUCUAGU